CUUCCAAAUAAAUGCUUGGGGCGGAGCUGUCGAUCUGCAACCGGCCUCCUCGGUAGCAUCGCCGCUGUCCGUACACCAUCUUCGUUACUCCCUCUUUAGCAUCUGGUCGCAUCCGCUUCGAUCUGCUCCUCCGAGCGACCUCCAUUGUGUUCCUUGUGUCGUUUUCUUUCUCUUCUUAGUUUUACCUGGUUUGUCGAGUAUCGAGUACUCUUUGCAAUGGACGCCGUCCUUCUCUGCAAAUCCGUCUUCGCGAGUUCCGAUCUUCUUGGGAGAGGAGGAAUAAUGACUGGCAUCUCUUUUUGUAAUUCUCUGCAAAGUAAUCGUGUUAGCUUUCUUAGGCAUAUCUACAAUGGUAGAAAACUUAAGAAAGCUGGAGGAGCACUUAGUGCUGUAUGCCGGAAUGAAAAGAUUCUUGUUGCAAAUAGAGGUGAAAUUGCAGUUCGCGUUAUUCGAACAGCUCAUGAGAUGGGAAUACCAUGUGUUGCUGUCCACUCUACCAUUGAUCAGGACGCCCUUCAUGUGCGUCUUGCAGAUGAAGCUGUCUGCAUUGGAGAGGCACCAAGCAGUCAAUCGUAUCUGUACAUUCCAAAUGUUUUAUCUGCUGCUGUGAGCCGUGACUGUACUAUGUUGCAUCCUGGAUAUGGUUUCCUUGCUGAAAACGCUACCUUCGUUGAUAUAUGUCGAGAGCAUGGGCUCAAUUUCAUUGGACCAAAUCCAGACAGCAUCCGUGUGAUGGGUGAUAAGUCAACUGCCAGAGAAACAAUGAAAAAAGCUGGGGUUCCUACUGUCCCUGGAAGCGAUGGCUUGAUACAGUCAACAGAGGAAGCUCUUAAGAUAGCUCAUGAGAUUGGUUUCCCAGUUAUGAUUAAGGCAACCGCUGGUGGGGGUGGACGUGGAAUGCGUUUGGCUAAUGAACCUGAAGAGUUUGUUAAGCUGUUACAGCAAGCAAAAAGUGAGGCAGCUGCUGCAUUUGGUAAUGAUGGAGUUUACUUGGAGAAGUACAUAAAAAAUCCAAGACACAUUGAGUUCCAGGUUCUGGCAGACAAAUAUGGCAAUGUUGUUCAUUUUGGAGAGCGUGAUUGUAGUAUUCAGAGGCGGAACCAAAAGCUUCUAGAAGAAGCUCCCUCUCCUGCGCUGACCCCAGAAUUAAGGAAGGCAAUGGGUGAUGCUGCCGUUGCGGCAGCUGCAUCUAUAGGUUAUAUUGGUGUAGGGACAAUUGAAUUUCUCCUGGAUGAGAGGGGUUCAUUUUAUUUCAUGGAAAUGAACACUCGGAUUCAGGUUGAACAUCCAGUUACAGAAAUGAUCUCCUCCACCGAUCUAAUUGAGGAACAGAUUCGUGUUGCUCUUGGGGAAAAGCUUCAAUAUAAGCAGGAAGAUAUUGUACUCAGGGGACAUUCCAUAGAAUGCCGCAUCAAUGCAGAGGAUGCUUUCAAAGGAUUUCGUCCUGGGCCUGGAAGGAUAACAUCAUACCUACCAUCUGGAGGGCCAUUCGUGAGAAUGGACAGUCAUAUUUAUCCUGAUUAUGUGGUUCCUCCCAGUUAUGAUUCUCUUCUAGGAAAGCUCAUUGUCUGGGCGCCAACAAGAGAGAAGGCGAUAGCAAGGAUGAAAAGGGCCCUUGAAGACACAGUGAUAACAGGGGUUCCAACAACUAUUGAUUACCAUAAGCUCAUUCUUGACAUAGAGGACUUUAAAGCAGGCAACGUUGACACUGCUUUCAUACCAAAACAUGAGAAGGAACUAGCUGCUCCCCAGAAGUUGGUUUUAGCUACAAAAGAGAUGGUCGACUGUAAAGCUUAGUUGAGAAUGAUCCGAGGCUGAUGGAGUUUGCCAACAUGUUCAUUUGAGAGAACUAAAUAAUUUUUGGCAAUUUGAAAUGGUUUCUUAAGUUAAUUUUGAUUUAUAUAUUUCUUUUUUUCCUGUGAAACCUUCAUUCGUUAUUAUUUUCGUUUACUUGAAAAUGCAUAAGCCUCCAGGAUUGAAGACA